UCCCACCAAGCGCCGGGUCCCGACGAAGCUGCGCCGUACUCACUCCCCUCCCUCCCGUCGGCCUCCAAGGUCCACCGCGCACGCCGACCCCGCCGCCCGCGUCCGGACACCGCCAGCGCUCCCGUGUGUCUGUCGGCCUCCUUUCUCCCGCGCCCUCUCCUCCACCCAAGCCUCCGCCACCUCGGCGCGCCACCAACCCGGUGACGGGGACUCGUCUCUCCCUCCCUCUCACACACAUCCUGCUUCUUGAACCUUCAGCUUGGCCGACCUGGGCAGAGCAGAGCUGCCGCCGGCCCCGUCUCUCCUCCAGAUCCGGGUGAAUAAACGGCUGCUCUCCUUGGAUCUGAGGGGGGAGAGGGGUGGACACGGCCGAGCCGGCGGUUCCCGCGCUGAGCAGGCGCGUGAGCUGCAGGAGGAAGCGUCGGCCGUCGGCUCGCCCUGCCCGCCCCUCCUGGGAGGAGCUCGACCCCAGCGGCGGUGCAAGGCCACCGCCCACACCGAGGAAAAUUGUCUGUUCUGCUUAGUUGAACAAGUACAUGCCGAACAAGUAAAUGGGAGUUCAGGCAGAUCGAAGACCUCCUGGGGGUCUGGAUGGCCUCUAUGGGGUACAGCUUGCGGGUCGGUCACCAUACAGUGAUGAUGAAGCUAUCAAAACAAGCAUUAUGGAUUCGUCAGCUAUGGAGCAGCAGGGGGGUGUUGGCAUGACUCGAAGUUUGAAGAUCAAGCAACUCUGGAGACAGAGACCCCCAUGCCUGAAGCCUAUUCACUGUAGUCUCUCAUGUGAUAAAAAUGUAGCUGAAACUGUUGCUAAUGUCGUCACAUCACUUCCUUUCAUCUUUCUUGGACUGCAGACACCAAGAAAGACCUUGAAUACUACACUUUAUGCUAACUCACUAAUUGGAGUUGGAGUCGCAUCUAGCUUGUAUCAUACUUCACGAGGAGAAAUCAGAAAAUACAUGCGGUGGGCAGACUACACAAUGAUCGCCACUACAACACUGUGCCUAACAAGAGCGCUUCGGGAUGAACAUCCAAGAUUACUAAUGGCGGCAUCAACGUUGCUCCUACCAUUCCAGCCCUUGAUGGUCACAGCCCUCCACACUGGGAUGAUGGAGGUUUCAUUUGCGAAACGAGCAUCCACAGAGCCAGAGCUCAAGACGGCACAUAACCUGCACAGGAUGUCGUCUCUGCUGGGUGGUGCGCUGUUCAUCGCCGAUGAUGUCUUCCCGCAGACCCCCUACAUCCAUGCUGCAUGGCAUCUAGCUGCAGCGUUAGGCGUCUGCACAUGCAACAAGCUUCUUGAAUGACGGGAUAUUAAGGCUGCCAUGUUCUUCCCUCCCCGCUGUUCAGUUAUCAACAAAGUGUUGAUAGCGAUUCAUCGACCUGUCAGACAUUGAUCGCUGCACAUUGCAUAGGUGGUCGGUUUACAUUGAGCCGAAAAGCAUUGGAGGAUUAGUACACAGGGUAUAUCACUCUCUCAGAAUGAGACGAACUAGGAACCGUUUUGUGUGUGUAUUUGUUGUAUAUGAUAUAUUGUAUAUUGUAAUUGUUUUCCCACAAAUACUGUGAUUAGAUUUAAAGGUAUUUUGUACGUACUUAUGUUCUUUGUUGUUGUGUAUUUUAGUAGAAAAUGAAGACAAUUUGGUUAUUGACA